AUGGACGCCAUGAGUCGCGCUCUGCGAAAAGCAGCUCGGUCCCCGUUUUUGAAUGAAAUCGAGCGAGCCGAAAUGCCAAACAAGUUUGCCCGCCCACCGUUCAACUACUAUGACGGGAAAACUGAUCCGGUAGAACAUGUCAGUCAUUAUAUUCAAAUGAUGUCUUUGCAUACUCAUAAUGAUGUGCUCAUGUGCAAGGUAUUUCCCUCGAGUUUGGGACCGACCGCAUUGAGGUGGUUUAAUGGGUUACGGAAAGAAUCCAUACGUAGUUUCUCCGAGUUGAUUCAAGAGUUCGGAGUCCAGUUUGUGAUGUGCAGCCAAGUACCUCAACCAGUAGACGCGCUCCUCCUAAUGAAAAUGAGGGCGAGAGAAACCCUCCGUAGUUACGCCAGCCGAUAUUGGGAGUUAUACAACAAGAUUGGUGGAGAUAACGAAAGGGUGGCGAUAAGCACAUUUAGGAUGGGGUUGCCCGAGGAUUCAGGGCUAUGA